AUGUACUCCAAACAUACAAAUAAAAUAGUGGCAAAAAUAUCAAAGUCAUCAAGAAUUCAUGACAUCCCGCGGUCUGAACAAGUUUCCACAGGGCUACAUUAUUUAGGCCUCAGUUUCCUUGCUUACCUUUCAGAUCCAAAGGCCAAUUCUUCCUACAGAUUCCUGGCACCCUGGAUUGGGUAUGGUUUGCUCCUGUUGAAUGGCCAGAGGUGGUUCCAGCACCGGCGGAUGUUGACCCCAGCCUUCCACUAUGACAUCCUGAAGCCCUAUGUGGGAAUCAUGGCCAACUCUGUUCAAGUGAUGCUGGACAGAUGGGAGCAGCUCAUCAGUCAGGAUUCCCCUCUGGAGAUCUUUCAACACAUCUCCUUGAUGACACUGGACUCGAUCAUGAAGUGUGCCUUCAGCUACCAGGGCAGUAUCCAACUGGAUAGGACAUUCCAGCCCUACAUCCAAGCCAUUGGGUACCUGAAUAACCUGAUAUAUUCCCAUAUAAGGAAUGUCUUUCACCAGAAUGACACCAUCUACAGUUUGUCUUCAAAUGGUCGAUGGUCCAAAUACACCAGCCAUCUUGCCCAUGAGCACACAGACCAAGUGAUAAAGCAGAGGAAGGCAGAGCUCCAGAAUGAGGGAGAGCUGGAGAAGGUCAGAAAAAAGAGGCACUUGGAUUUUCUGGACAUCCUCCUGUUUGCCAAAAUGGAGAAUGGGAGCAGCUUAUCUGACGAAGACCUGCGUGCUGAGGUGGACACCUUCAUGUUUGAGGGCCAUGACACCACAGCCAGUGGCAUCUCCUGGGCCUUCUAUGCUCUUGCCAUGCACCCCAACCAUCAACAGAAGUGCAGGGAGGAGGUACAGAACCUCCUAGGGGAUGGAUCCUCCAUCGCCUCGGAACACCUGGACCAGAUGCCCUAUACCACCAUGUGCCUCAAGGAGGCCCUGAGGCUCUAUCCACCGGUUCCAACUGUUUCCAGAGAGCUCAGCAAACCUAUAACCUUCCCUGAUGGACACUUUUUACCCAAAGGUAUCCUGAUCUCACUCUCCAUUUAUGCCCUUCAUCACAACCCUAAGGUGUGGCCAAACCCUGAGGUGUUUGACCCUUCCCGAUUUGCACCUGAUUCUCCCCGACAUAGCCACUCCUUCCUGCCCUUCUCAGGAGGAUCAAGGAACUGCAUUGGGAAACAAUUUGCCAUGAAUGAACUGAAAUUGGCUGUGGCCCUCACCCUGCUCCAUUUUGAGCUACUGCCAGAUCCCACCAGGGUCCCCUUCCCAAUACAGCGAUCCACCUGCAUCUCAGGAAGCUCCACUAACCCUGGUGAGACAACAACAGGCUCUGAGGGUCUCUUGCCUACUAUCCUGUCUUUCUCUCACCUGCUCCUGUCCUGUCCCCAGCCUGUCCAUUCAUCUGGUUUCUAUCUGCUCACCUUCCUGCUCUCCUGCCUCUUUUCUGUCUGCUCUUGUAUCUCUCACCUUUCUUCAGGCUUCCCACCUGCUUGCCUGUCUACAUGUCUCCCUCCUGGCUGCAUCUCUGACAGGCUGUCUAGGCCCCGAUCACCUGCUUGUCCUUCACCCUACCUACCCCUCUACCUGUUUUUUCCUUUUCUACCUGCUGAUUUUUCUCUGUGUGAGCUUCCCACUGCUGCUAUAAUCAACUACCGCAACCUUUGUGGUUUUAAGUAACAGAAAGCUAUUCUCGUACAGUUCUAGAGCUCAGAAGUCUGAAUGGGUAUCACUGGGAGAAGAUCCAGAUGUUGAUGUGGCCAGCCUCUUCUGCAGGGUCCAGGAGACAACAUUUUCACUUGCCUUUCUACCCUAAGGAUGCAUUCCUUGCAUUCCUUGGAGCUGGUUCCUUCUUCUUUCUUU